AUGGAUUGCAACAACGUGGAGCCCCGAAGAUCUCUAGUCCGAAAACAAGGCUACAAUCCGGCAUCUGGUAAUACUAUGCCAUUGGUGACUUCAUACUUCUUCCCCUUCCUCUCCGAUGCAUUUUUGAAGCCUCUCGCCAAGAUCUACAUUGACUCCAACAACAACCCGGAGAAGUUCCUUAAGGAGAACGACCAGUACGACACGAUUACUGUCGGAAAGUACUGCGCCCAGGUGUUCCAACCUUCUCAGGAGUUCCAGCCCGCCCAGGCCCAGCUGCCCGAGAAGCCAAAGCAGCCUCUCAAGCGAGUGGACAGCAUGGCCCUCCAGGCUGUUACUCGCAACAGCCGUCGAGGCAAGCAGACCCCCAACCUUCGUGUCAUCAGCAACAGCAGUUGUGUAAAUUUGUUGAUCUGGCAGCACGACCAAGGCCGCAUUCGUCUCAAUGCCACCAUCAGCAGCACCACUUCGACUUUCUCCUUCAUGAUAAUGGGCCUGACUGCCUUCCGUCAGCGGAAAAAGAUUUGCUAUCAGGCAGAUAUUGUCUAUCACUUUUGCUUUCUGGCCUUCGACUUCACGCGCUGGUAA